AUGAUGACGCCAGACGGAGGCAAUUGUUUUUCAACGAGCCUGGGUGGGAGUCAUUUGAUUAAAAGUCGCGACAUAUUGCAGGCGAGCCGAUGCUGUGACUUGAUGCCCCCGGACUGGGCAUUGUUUCCAGGGCGGAAAAAACACACUCACCUGGCCGGCCUUGCGGAGCAAGCGCAUCCUCCGGCAGGCGGGGAUUCGGCUCGAAUAAACGAAGGUGAAAGCUCGCUCAGGGUGAGGAGGGAGUAG